AAGAGGAACUGGCCGCCUCGGACCGUGCUCGGCGGCAGGCCCAGCAGGACCGGGAUGAGAUGGCAGAUGAGGUGGCCAAUGGCAACCUUAGCAAGGCAGCCAUUCUGGAGGAGAAGCGUCAGCUGGAGGGCCGCCUGGGGCAGUUGGAGGAAGAGCUGGAGGAGGAGCAGAGCAACUCGGAGCUGCUCAAUGACCGCUACCGCAAGCUGCUCCUGCAGGUAGAGUCACUGACCACAGAGCUGUCAGCUGAGCGCAGUUUCUCAGCCAAGGCAGAGAGCGGGCGGCAGCAGCUAGAACGGCAGAUCCAGGAGCUACGGGGACGCCUGGGUGAGGAGGAUGCUGGGGCCCGUGCCCGCCACAAGAUGACCAUUGCUGCCCUUGAGUCUAAGUUGGCCCAGGCUGAGGAGCAGCUAGAGCAAGAGACCAGAGAGCGCAUCCUCUCUGGAAAGCUGGUGCGCAGAGCUGAGAAGCGGCUUAAAGAGGUGGUGCUCCAGGUGGAGGAGGAGCGGAGGGUGGCUGACCAGCUCCGGGAUCAGCUGGAGAAGGGAAACCUUCGAGUCAAGCAGCUGAAGCGGCAGCUGGAGGAGGCCGAGGAGGAGGCAUCCCGGGCUCAGGCCGGCCGCCGGAGGCUGCAGCGUGAGCUGGAAGAUGUCACAGCGUCGGCCGAGUCCAUGAACCGUGAAGUGACCACACUGAGGAACCGGCUCCGACGCGGCCCCCUCACCUUCACCACCCGCACGGUGCGGCAGGUCUUCCGACUAGAGGAGGGCGUGGCAUCCGACGAGGAGGCAGAGGAAGCAGAGCCUGGGUCUGGGCCAUCCCGGAGCCUGAGGGGUCCCCACCAGCCCACCCCCAGUGACCCUACCCUGUCCCCAGAUGCACUAACAGAUGGGGCCCAGCCCCCUUCCUCCCUGGACCCCACGGGACCCUGUCCCAGGAACCCCACCCUCUGACUUCCUGCCCUUUGGAAAUGGUGCAGCACUCUGGCAUUUAUCACCCCCACCUGGGCCCCCUGCAACCUCCCAUCAAAGGAUGACCCCUAAACACAGAGGAGCGGGACAGGCAGGGAGGCAAGGACUGGAGCUACCUUACUUGUGGGGGGACUGGGUACAGUUGGCGAGCUGUGUUCUCAUCAGCUCCCUGUCCUCCUUUCUUCCCUCAUUAUUGAUCUGUAGAUAUUAGGAAGGGAGUGAUAUGGCUCCUCCACCGUCCUCAGCCAGUGCAGCCCAUUCCCUCUGCUUCUCUCUCUCUCUCUCUCUCUCUCUCCCUCCCUCUCCUUCCCUACCCUCUCACUGUCUCUCUUGGCCUCUCUGAGGGUCUCUCUGUGCAUCUUUUUAGGAAUCUCGCUUUCCCUCUCUACGUAGCCACUCUCCUUCCCCCAUUUCUGCGUCCACCCCUGAACCCCUGAGCGACAGAAGCCCCACGCCUCCACCAGCCUUGAACCCUUGCAAAGGGGCAGGACAAGGGGACCUCUCUCACUCCUGCUGCUGCCCAUGCUCUGCCCUCCCUUCUGGUUGCUCUGAGGGUUCGGAGGCUCCCUCUGGGACUAAAGGAGUGUCCUUUACCCUCCCAGGCUCUGGCAGAAAUAAACUCCAACCCGACUGGA